AUGGGCACGAGCAGCAGCUGUUGUCAAGAGGAGGGCCUCGCGGAGCCCCCAAAGGAGGUGCAGGAGGUCGUUCACAACAGCUACAGCCGCGAUGCGGAUGCCAGUUCUUCGUCCAGUUCCGCCAAGCACAGCCCCCCUGCUUUGGUGGCGGCCCUCACGACGGCCUCCAAUGCGCCGAGCAAGUGGAGCCGGCUGCAGCAGAUGCGAGUCCUAGAGGUAGAUGCAGACAUCGUCCGGGGAAUUUCUCUUCACGCCUCCCUGCGAAGCUUUGGGCGCCUUUGGCGCCAGUCCCCGCUUGACUUGCCCGAGGAGGGGCGCCUGAGCCUGUAUGCCCGUUCGGCGCCGGCAGCGGGCUACGACAUCUUCCUGUCGCACACCUGGCAGACACCCGGGAGGUACAAAGUCCUGAGCCUGCUCUUCCAGGCAGGGUGGAAGCACAUGCUGCUGUUCUGGGCCAUCAGCGUGGUGGCCGCGGCCUUGCUGAGCCGCUUCCACGUGCUCCCCAUGCCGUUUCACAUCGUGCCCGACUUCCUGGAGUACCAUGAGCUCUACUGCCCUUUCUUCCCCUGGUGCCUCCUGAUGGCGUUUCUCGGGAGCUGCUUCGGCCUCUUGCUGGCGCCUUACUCUCCGAGCCUCUGCGGGCACCCCGUCUGCUUCCUGGACGUGGUCAGCAUCCACCAAGUGGACCAAGAGCUCAUGGAGCGGGGCAUCUAUGGCCUAGGCGGCUUCUUGCGGGUGUCCAAGGAGCUUCGGGUACUCUGGUCGGCCCCCUACCUCUCCAGGCUCUGGUGUGUCUUCGAGCUGGCGGCCUACCGCAUGGCCAACCCGGAAGGGCGGAUGGUUCUGGCGCCGCUCUUCAUUGAAGUCGGCGUCCUUCUGAGCCUUCUGGGGACGUACUUUGCAGCUGUUCUCUUCAAUCUGAACUUCAUACUCGGCCAUCAGUCGGGUGAGAUUCGCUCGUUGAGCUACCUGUUCGCGCUGACGCCAAUUUACGUGCUCAUGCAUCUCUUCCGCCGGACCAACAUGGCAAAACUCAAGCUCCUAUCAGAUCUUCAGACCUUCGACUUGGAGCGUGCCGAUUGCCGCACCGACUUCGACCGCGAGUUCAUACACCGCGCGAUCAUCGAAUGGUAUGGGAGCAAGGAGGCCUUCACAGAGUACGUCCGUGGGCCUCUCCGUGAUGAGCUGCUGGGAGGCAAGAAGGAGAUCCUUCCCCUGCAGUACCUGCUCAUUGUGGCCACGGUAACCUUCAGCGCGUCCCUGGACAACAUCAUUGCUCUGGAUCUAGGCAGGGUGCCUGUCUACUGGGUGGCAGCACAGUUCAUCGGCUCUUGCGUUGGCUUUUACCUAUGCUGGCUUGUGAUGAUGCUGAAGCUCUGCAUCUUUCUGUGCGACCGCUUCGCCGAACCGGUAUACCCCGGACCUUUGGACUUCCUGCAGACGUUUGUGCUUUUCGGUGCUGGCGCUGGCUUCUACUAUGGUGGGGCAGAGAUCUGUCGCAGAGCUUACACCACAAGCCUGGAAGCAUCCAUUGCAUGGGCCUGUGCCGCCUGCCUGUUGAGCGGCCUUUCCUUUUUCACAGAUCGGCUGAUUGCGUCUUACUUGACUGUGCGGAGAGCCAAGUAG